UGCCAUGCAUCCUUUACAAUGUGUCCUCCAAGUACAGAAGUCUCUGAGAUGGGGACCGUUGGCCUCUGUCUCCUGGCUCUUGCUCAGGACCUGCAGGGCACACAGCAGUCUUCCAAGCACCACAAGUCCUAGUCCAGAGAGGCAGGAGGAUGGAGUUCAGAAGGAUUUCAGCUCCAGGCUGGCCACUGGACCAACUUUUCAACAUUUUAAGAAGUGCCUCAGCUCCUCAAGAGAAACUGUCUUCUCCAGAAGUGGAAGAUCCACCCCCCUAUCUCACAGUAGAUGAACUUCUAGGAAGGCAGAGAAAAGUCUACUUCGAGACCUAUGGUUGCCAGAUGAAUGUGAAUGACACAGAGAUAGCCUGGUCUAUCCUUCAGAAGAAUGGCUACCUGCGGACCAGUAACCUGCAAGAGGCUGAUGUGAUCCUCCUUGUCACAUGUUCUAUCAGGGAGAAGGCUGAGCAGACCAUCUGGAACCGUUUACUUCAGCUUAAAGCCUUGAAGACAAGGCGGCUGCGCUCUCGGGUGCCUCUGAGGAUUGGGAUUCUAGGCUGCAUGGCUGAGAGGUUGAAGGAGGAGAUCCUCAACAGGGAGAAAAUGGUGGAUCUUUUGGCUGGUCCAGAUGCCUAUCGGGACCUUCCUCGGCUGCUGGCUGUUGCUGAGUCAGGCCAGCAAGCUGCCAAUGUGCUGCUCUCUCUGGAUGAGACCUAUGCCGAUGUUAUGCCAGUUCAGACAAGCCCCAGUGCCACUUCUGCUUUCGUGUCAAUCAUGCGAGGCUGUGACAACAUGUGUAGCUACUGUAUUGUUCCUUUCACACGUGGCCGGGAGAGGAGUCGGACUGUUACCUCCAUUCUAGAGGAAGUGAGGAAGCUUUCUGAGCAGGGGCUGAAAGAAGUGACACUUCUUGGUCAAAAUGUUAAUAGUUUUCGAGACAAUUCAGAGGUCCAAUUCAACAAUGCAGUGUCUACCAACCUCAGCCGUGGCUUUACCACUAACUAUAAAACUAAACAAGGGGGGCUUCGUUUUGCUCACCUUCUGGAUCAAGUCUCCAGAGUAGAUCCUGAAAUGAGGAUUCGUUUCACUUCUCCCCACCCCAAGGAUUUUCCUGAUGAGGUUCUGCAGCUGAUUCAUGAGAGAGACAACAUCUGUAAACAGAUCCAUCUGCCAGCUCAGAGUGGAAGCAGUCGUGUUUUGGAGUCCAUGCGGAGAGGAUAUUCAAGAGAAGCUUAUGUGGAGUUAAUUCACCAUAUCAGAGAGUCUAUUCCCAGUGUGAGCCUCAGCAGCGACUUCAUUGCUGGCUUUUGUGGUGAGACGGAGGAGGAUCACCUCCAGACAGUGUCCUUGCUCCGGGAAGUUCAGUACAACACUGGCUUCCUCUUUGCCUACAGCAUGAGACAGAAAACACGAGCAUAUCACAGGCUGAAGGAUGAUGUCCCAAAAGAGGUAAAAUUAAGACGUUUGGAGGAACUUAUCACAGUAUUCCGAGAAGAAGCAACGAAAGUCAACACGACCUCUGUGGGUUGUACCCAGCUGGUGUUGGUGGAGGGGCUCAGUAAACGCUCUGCCAAUGACCUAUAUGGCCGGAAUGAUGGAAAUCUUAAGGUGAUCUUCCCUGAUGCAGAGAUGGAGGAUGUCACUAACCCUGGACUCAGGAUCAGAGCCCAGCCUGGGGACUAUGUGCUUGUAAAGAUCGCUUCUGCCAACUCUCAGACACUCAAAGGACAUGCUGUCUGUAGGACAACUUUGAAGGACUUCUCGGCACAUUGCUGACCUGAGUGGAUGGCUCAGAGUUGACUUGAACAUUCCUUCCCUACCUGAAAGGAGGUAUUACUGGUCACUAAUGAAAGAGGUAAUGAAGCUGUGGAGGCAAGCUGCAAAUGGUGAUGCCUCCCUUUGCUGCUACAUAAACAGCUUCUGUGUAUAAUCAUUAAAAUUACUUAAAGUGG